UAUGAUGCGGCGAAGGGUCUGGCUGUGUUUGAUAGUUGUGUCAAUAAGCUAUAGCUCUUUAAUGUUGUUACAGGUAUUGACUGCCUAAAUCAAGUUUUGCAGGAUGUGGUUUUGGUUUUAUGUUCCUGUGUUUGUCACUCUGUGUGCAAGUCAUGGACCAAUAAUAGCAUGCAGUUGAAGGUGCAACGGGCAGCAUUGCAUGCAGUUUUUGAGUUGAUUUGUGAAAAUGAAGCCAACCAAAGAACUGUUGUUACGCAUUCAGAAUUUAUUUCAACCAUUUUCAAGCUUAUGCAAACUAGUGUGGACAGGGAAGCAAUGCAGUGGCUUGUUUUUAUCAUACAUCAACUAACUACAUCAGCAAACUCUUCUCAGCAUCUGUUGACAGAAGACUUGCUUCCACCUUUUGCCAAAGCAGCAAAUUUUUGCCAGGGAGAUUUAGUGUUGACUCGAUAUUGCCUUGAGUCCAUUGUUACUCACUUUGUGACAAAUGACACAGGACCAGACCAGAUAUCAGUACCACUCAAAGUGGCAAAACUUCAAUUGUGA